AUGCAGUUUAAGGGGAUUUUCCUGGCCUGUGGCCUGUAUCGCCUAUUAUCUUACAAAAGGAAAGGAGAGGAAAGCAAGCAGACAGGAAAGAACUUGAUUACCACCAAGGGAGAAUUGCUGAGAGCAGACUCAGGCCCCUGCACAGACAACCUCCUAAACCAGGGAAAGACUGAUGUGGACCCAAGAGAUCCUGGGUCCACAGAUAGUCGCUUUGUGUUUCCUGCCUCAUCAACUCUCUGUCAUCCCUUCUUAGAGGCACGGGUUCCUCAUUCCAUAGUAAACGUGUUCCCUGACUUGAAGAUUCAGGAACAAGCUGCACGGGCUGCAUGUUCGUCACAGAUCAGCACCUUGAGUGUAUUAGCCACCUCCGAGCUGUGUGCUGGAGAAGAGAAUUGGGUGGACAGUCGGACCAUCUAUGUGGGCCAUAAGGAACCACCACCAGGCGCUGAGGCCUACAUUCCACAGAGAUACCCAGAUAACAGAAUAGUGUCUUCCAAGUACACGUUUUGGAACUUCAUACCCAAAAACUUAUUUGAGCAAUUCAGAAGAAUAGCCAACUUUUAUUUUCUUAUCAUUUUUCUGGUACAGCUAAUUAUUGAUACACCCACGAGCCCAGUAACAAGCGGACUCCCACUGUUCUUUGUCAUUACCGUCACGGCUAUAAAACAGGGUUAUGAAGACUGGCUUCGUCAUAAAGCAGACAAUGCAAUGAACCAGUGUCCUGUUCAUUUCAUUCAGCAUGGCAAGCUUGUUCGAAAACAAAGCCGAAAACUAAGAGUCGGAGACAUCGUGAUGGUGAAGGAGGAUGAGAGCUUUCCUUGUGACCUGAUAUUUCUUUCCAGCAACCGAGGAGAUGGAACAUGCCACGUUACUACAGCCAGCUUAGAUGGAGAAUCAAGUCAUAAAACACAUUAUGCAGUUCAAGACACAAAGGGAUUUCACACUGAACAGGACAUAGAUGGGCUUCAUGCCACGAUCGAGUGUGAGCAGCCUCAGCCCGAUCUCUACAAAUUUGUUGGUCGCAUAAAUGUCUACAAUGAUCAAAAUGACCCCGUGGUAAGGCCGUUAGGAUCAGAAAACCUACUUCUCAGAGGAGCCACACUGAAGAACACUGAGAAAAUCUUUGGAGUUGCUAUUUACACUGGCAUGGAAACCAAGAUGGCAUUAAAUUAUCAAUCAAAAUCCCAGAAACGGUCUGCUGUGGAAAAAUCGAUGAAUGUCUUUCUCAUUGUGUACCUAUGUAUUCUCAUCAGUAAAGCACUGAUCAAUACGGCCCUGAAGUAUGUGUGGCAGAGCAACCCAUCUCGAGAUGAACCCUGGUACAAUGAGAAAACUGAGGCAGAGAAACACAGGAACUUGUUUCUCAGCGCCUUUACGGAUUUCCUGGCUUUCAUGGUCCUCUUUAACUACAUUAUCCCAGUAUCCAUGUACGUCACAGUCGAAAUGCAAAAAUUUCUUGGCUCUUAUUUCAUCACUUGGGAUGAAGAAAUGUUUGAUGAAGAAAUAGGGGAGGGGCCUCUGGUUAACACCUCUGAUUUAAAUGAAGAAUUAGGACAGGUGGAAUAUAUCUUCACUGAUAAGACUGGGACCCUGACCGAGAACAACAUGGAGUUUAAGGAAUGCUGCAUCGAAGGCCAUGUGUACGUGCCGCACGUCAUCUGUAACGGACAGGUUCUCCCAGAUUCCUCAGGAAUCGAUAUGAUUGAUUCUUCUCCGGGAGUCAGUGUGAAGGAACAAGAAGAGCUGUUCUUUCGGGCUCUCUGUCUCUGCCACACAGUCCAGGUGAAAGAUGAUGACAAUGUCGAUGGACCCAGGAAGUCACCAGACUCAGGAAAAUCUUGUGUCUAUAUUUCAUCGUCGCCUGAUGAGGUGGCGCUAGUCGAAGGCAUUCAAAGACUGGGUUUUACGUACCUACGGCUGAAAGACAAUUACAUGGAGAUACUGAAUAGGGACAAUGAUAUUGAAAGGUUUGAAUUACUGGAAAUUUUGAGUUUUGACUCCGUAAGAAGGAGAAUGAGUGUAAUUGUAAGAUCUGCUACAGGAGAAAUUUACCUGUUUUGCAAAGGAGCAGAUUCUUCAAUAUUUCCCAGAGUGAUAGAAGGCAAAGUCGACCAGAUACGAUCCAGAGUGGAACGCAACGCAGUGGAAGGACUUCGUACUUUGUGUGUUGCCUAUAAAAGACUGAUUCCAGAAGAAUACGAAGGCGUUCGUAAACUGCUGCAGGCUGCGAAAGUGGCACUUCAGGAUCGAGAAAAAAAGCUAGCAGACGCCUAUGAGCAAAUAGAGACCGACCUGAUUCUGCUCGGCGCUACAGCUGUUGAGGACCGACUCCAGGAAAAGGCUGCCGAUACCAUUGAAGCGCUACAAAAAGCUGGAAUUAAAGUUUGGGUUCUCACAGGAGACAAAAUGGAGACGGCAGCAGCCACCUGCUAUGCCUGCAAACUCUUUAGCAGAACCACGCAGCUGCUGGAACUAACCACCAAGAAAAUUGAAGAGCAGAAUUUACAUGAUGUUCUGUUUGAGCUGAGCAAGACCGUUCUCCGCUGCAGCGGCAGUCUACCCAGAGACACCUUCUCAGGACUUUCAGCCGAUACGCAAGACUACGGUUUAAUUAUUGACGGAGCUGCACUGUCUUUGAUAAUGAAACCUCGAGAAGAUGGGAAUUCUGGGAACUACAGAGAACUCUUUCUCGACAUCUGCAGGAAUUGCAGCGCGGUCCUCUGCUGCCGAAUGGCGCCCUUGCAGAAGGCGCAGAUUGUUAAAUUAAUUAAGCUUUCUAAAGAGCAUCCGAUUACUUUAGCAAUUGGUGAUGGCGCUAACGAUGUCAGCAUGAUCCUGGAAGCGCAUGUGGGCAUAGGUGUCAUUGGAAAGGAAGGUCGCCAGGCUGCCAGGAACAGUGACUAUGCAAUACCCAAGUUUAAGCACUUGAAGAAGAUGCUUCUUGUUCAUGGGCAUUUUUACUAUAUUAGGAUAUCAGAGCUUGUGCAAUACUUCUUUUAUAAGAAUGUCUGCUUCAUUUUCCCUCAGUUUUUAUACCAAUUCUUCUGUGGAUUCUCACAACAGACUUUAUACGAUACUGCGUAUCUUACUCUGUACAACAUCAGUUUUACUUCCCUCCCGAUUCUCCUGUACAGCCUCAUGGAACAACAUGUCGGUAUCGAUGUGCUCAGGAGAGACCCCUCACUGUACAGAGACAUUGCCAAGAAUGCUCUACUCCGGUGGCGAGUGUUCAUUUACUGGACAUUCUUAGGAGUAUUUGAUGCUCUGGUAUUUUUCUUCGGUGCUUAUUUCAUGUUUGAAAACACAACAGUAACCAGCAAUGGGCAGAUAUUUGGAAACUGGACCUUUGGGACUCUGGUAUUCACUGUGAUGGUCUUCACGGUCACCUUAAAGCUCGCAUUAGAUACACACUACUGGACUUGGAUAAACCACUUUGUCAUCUGGGGCUCACUACUAUUCUACAUUGUCUUUUCCCUACUCUGGGGAGGAAUAAUCUGGCCAUUCCUCAGUUAUCAAAGGAUGUACUAUGUAUUUAUACAGAUGUUGUCUAGUGGUCCUGCAUGGUUGAGCAUCAUUCUGCUCAUUACUGUAAGCCUGCUUCCUGAUGUUCUCAAAAAAGUUUUGUGUCGGCAGCUGUGGCCCACGGCAACAGAAAGAAUUCAGAAAGCAUCCAGGCAGUGUUGGGACCGGGACUGCGUUUCAGAAUUCACCCCUAUUGCCUCUGUACAGAGCCCAAGCUAUCAGAGCAAUGGGCUCAGCGCUCACUCUCAAACAGUGAUGCUGACGUUGUGGAAUAGCAAGGAGCAUCUCGUGUUCCCACCCUUUGCUGGUCUUUCAAAUAACUGUUACAGUUACAGUUCAAGACACUACUACCAUGGGGCCAGUUUAGAAACACCUGUGUGA